CAAACUCUAAUAAAAAUAACAAUUAAAAAAAAAAAAAACUCUUCUUUCUUGCCUCUUUAGACUCUGUUCAUCUACUUUGGGCAAACUUUCUGGCUCCUAUGCAGAAUCUACCACCACCAACGUCUUUAGAGCUUAUUGGGCUCCUUUACUCUUGGUACAUCUUGGUGGCCCUGACACCGACACAGCUUAUGCUUUUGAAGACAACAAGCUUUGGAUUAGGCACCUCAUCAUCCUUGUUGUCAAAGUCAUUCUUGUCAUUUAUGUCAUUUGUUUGUCGGGGACCUUUUCUUGGCUCUCGUUUUUGACUCUCCCUCUCAUCUUAGCUGGAAUUAUUAUGUAGAGAGGAUAUUGUGUCUCAAGCUGAAUAACUCACAGAAAACAAAUAUGUUUAAUUUUCAAGGUCACUCUGACCCCAACGAGAAUCAAACCUUUGAUCGCUUUCAUAAAGAACACCCAAACGUUUUGUCAGGUUAUCUAUUCUUUGCAAUUAUGAGAUCUGAUGUCAAUGAUUACCUCUCCACCCAAAAUCUCCCCGAUGUUGGAACAAGGAUCAAAACUUAUCUUAGGGAAACUGUAGGUAUAGAUGGUAGAAGGGCUUUGGGGUUUGCAAGCGAAUAUUUUCCUGUUAGCCACGCAAAUGACCAUUUUGUAAUAAAUUCUAUUCAACUAGGAUUCAUGUUUGAUGUUGUUUACACCAAAGCUAGUUUGAUUUACACCAAGUUAGGAUGCUUCUUACGCCUCACUAGUUUCACUAGCUCUUUCUCAGUUCUGCUGCUCUUCUUUAUCAACAUCAUUAAUGAGCCGAAAUUCCAUGGCUCAAGAAUUGAUAUUGCCACAACUGGCAUCUCAUUGAGUGGAGCUAUUGCACAAGAACUUUAUGCAGCAUGGAUAAUGCUUUCUUCUAAUCAGGCUGUUCUUGUUGCGGAAUUUCAUCAUAAUGUAUUGGUAUGCAAAUUGUUUAAGGUCAUCUCAAAGUACUUCCCUUGCUUAUUACAUCAAGGUAGGCAUAGAAAAUACAAAAUUAACCAUUUCUUCAAAGCCAUUCUAUGGUUUGCCUACUUUGGUGCCGAUUGGAUUGCCAUUGCUACUUUGGGCAAACUUUCUGGCUCCUAUGCAGAAUCUACCACCACUAAUGUCUUUAGAGCAUAUUGGGCUCCUUUACUCUUGGUACAUCUUGGUGGCCCUGACACCAUCACAGCUUAUGCUUUUGAAGACAACAAGCUUUGGAUUAGGCACCUUGUCAUCCUUGUUGUCAAAGUCAUUUUUGUCAUUUACGUCGUCUGUUUGUCGUGGACCUUUUCUUGGCUCUGGUUUUUGACUCUCCCUCUCAUCUUAGCUGGAAUUAUUAAGUAUGUAGAGAAGAUAUUUUGUCUCAAGCUGAAUAACUCACAGAAAACAAAACCAAUCAUUUCUAAUAUGUUUAAUCUUCGAGGUCAUUCUAACCUCGAUAAGAAUCAAGCCCUUGAUCGCCUUCAGAAAGAAAACCCAUACAUUUUGGGAGGUUAUCUCUUAUUUACAAUUAUGAGACCUGAUGUCAAUGAUUACCUCUCCUCCAAAAAUCUUUCCGAUGUUGGAACAAGGAUCAAAGCUUAUCUCAGGGAAACAACAGGUGUAGAUGGUAGAAGGGCUUUCGAGUUUGCAGGCGAAUAUUCGUCUAGAGGAUUUGAAGAACGCGCUUCGGAAAUAUUUUCUAUUCAACUAGGAUUCAUGUUUGAUGUUGUUUACACCAAAGCUAUGAUGGCGUGCCAAGCAGUUGCUAACAUCGUCAAAUCCUCACUAGGCCUCGUUGGACUCGACAAGAUGCAGGUACUAGUAGAGUUGGCUGAGCUUCAAGACCGAGAAUUGGUGACGGCAGAAGAUGAUACGAUCAUUCUGAUCGGAGAAGAUGCGGGCGUACGCGUGCGGAACGCGGUGACGGCAUUUGUUGCAGCGGAAGAGCUUGUCGGAGAAGCCGACGUCGCCGCACAUGCAGCAAACAGUCUGAAGAGCCACCACUGUUGAACGCUCCGAGGCGGCGAAGAGAGACUGAAGAUGAAGAGAGGAGUAACAGAAAAGAGUGAUGAUUUCAAGGAGAUGUCAACCACCAAGCCUAGGCAACUCUGAAUCACACCCAGCCGGGGGUUCGCCAGACCCUGGUUGGGUCCGUCGACACAGAUACUGUCUAUUGUUUUGUAUAUAAGUCCGACCAAUUGUCCAGGUAAAGAGUUUCACUCAUUGUACAUCUACCAAGCAGUGUUUGGGAUUAAAGGUGGUGAAUAUAAGUACUUACAUGUUUCAGAAAACCACCUUGUCCAACUUGACCUUAAGCAUCUGAUAUCCUGAUCCAGCCAAACAUAUAUGCAGUGCAAAGAGUACGUACCCACAAUAAUAUGACACAAGUACA